UCUCUGGUCGUAGGAAGUUGAGCUGUUCCAAUUGGUCGUAAUAAAUUGAUAGCCAGGGCGUUUUUUCGGGUGAAGAAAAAAGAAAUUAUUGAUUCAAAGUUUAGUGGUAGUUUUAGUUUCGUGAAUAUGCUGCCCCAUAACGGCUUGUUUCGCUUUUUAUUUGAGAAAAUUUCAUUACAUUCCGAAGAAAUGAUAGCGGGUCUAUUUUGUGGUGUUAUGUUUAUGGCUAUUCUCUAUAAAAUUGCUAGUCCUUUGAUCAGCAGAAAUCAGCGAAAAACGAAAAGUAGGAAAGGUGAAAAGAGUGAGCAAGGAGCAGAAGUGGAAAAUGUUACCGAGAAGGAAACCAUGACUAGACUCGAUGAAAUUGCAAGCGUAGCUUUACAUGAUGGAGUUAAUGCGGAAGGGUCUUUGUACCGCUUAAAAAAGGGAUUGAAAUUACGGCUAAUACCAGGGCCAUCUCUACUUGGCAAGGAAGUCGUCUUGUAUACGAAUUUUCCAGUUGAUGAUGAAUCAGAAUUCGUACGCACACAAUAUUCCAAUUUGAUUUGGUAUUCGAAGACAGGAGAAAAACUAACAACUCACGCACACCCUUUUGUUGCUGUGAUCGAUGUGGAUAUCUAUUGCGAAAUUGAACUGAAUCGAUCAGGAACUUAUCACUUCUACUUCUGCUAUAAAGACAGUGUUGACAAAAAACCAAAUGGCGCCCUUUACAUUCAAGUCGAACCGAUGCUUCAUGUUGGACCGCCGGGUGCACAAAAAAUAAUCCCUUUGGACUCCAUCCGAUGUCAGACUUUCUUAGCAAAAUGUUUAGGGCCACUAAAUACUUGGGAAGCAAAAUUGCGAGUUGCAAAAGAAUCAGGAUACAAUGUUAUCCAUUUUACACCAGUUCAGGAAUUAGGCGGUUCACGAUCAUGUUACUCUUUGAGAAAUCAACUGAAAUUAAAUCCAGAAUUUGCGGUCCCAACUGGAUCUGGGAAUCCACAUCCAAAAACACCACCAGUUAAGCCAACAUUUGAAGAACUAGAAAAAAUCAUCAAAAAAUGUCGACAAGAAUGGGGAAUAGCAUCGAUUUGUGAUAUUGUCCUAAACCAUACUGCCAAUGAGUCUGAUUGGCUCCAAGAACAUCCAGAUGCAACAUACUCGUGUAAAACAAUGCCGCACUUGCGUCCAGCUUUUCUGUUGGAUGCAGUUUUGGCACAGUGCGGAAGGGAUGUGCAGGCUUGCGUACUAGAAAUAGUAGGAGUGCCAAAAGUUAUAGAAAAUGAGGAUCAUCUCCAGGCCCUUAAAUAUCAAUUGCACACAAAUUAUUUGCCGAAAGUUAACAUAUUCGAGCUAUACCAAUGCAAUAUUCCAACGUAUGUCAACAAGUUCAUCGAAGAGAUGCGUAAGCGUCCUCCACCAACUCAUACCGCCAAAAAAGUCAAAAAUAUUGAGUUGAAGAUCAUCCAAGAUCCAGAAUAUCGACGCUUACAAUCAACGAUUGAUUUUGAAUUAGCUUUGGAAACCUACAAUGUUUUCCGCGCUGAUUGUUUUGAUGAAGAUUCCCGUUUGAAAAAGUGUGCAGAAAGUUUCCGUAUCAAGUUAGAACAGUUGAAUGAAGCAAUUCGUGCCGAGAUACAAGAGUAUCUGAACUACGCUGUUGAAAAUUGCUUAGCGGGUGUCCGUUACGAAAGAGUUCAAGAAGGUGGUCCGAUGAUAAGAGAAAUCUCAAUCAAGCAUCCAGUAUUUACGAAAUACUUCACGCAUACUGGAUUGACGGGAAAAACAGUGAAGGAAACCGAAGAGAUGAUGUACACAGAUGCGGGUAAAUUGUUCAUGGCUCACAAUGGCUGGGUAAUGAAUAGCGAUCCGCUGAAAGAUUUCGCAAGACCACAACCUGGACGAGGAAACGUUUAUCUAAAACGUGAGCUCAUCGCAUGGGGAGAUAGUGUGAAAUUACGUUUUGGAGAUAAACCUGAAGACAGCCCAUAUUUGUGGAGUCACAUGAAAAAAUAUGUGGAAAUAACUGCCAAAAUAUUUGACGGAGUACGGUUGGAUAAUUGUCAUUCAACACCACUUCAUGUUGCUGAAUAUUUGUUGGAUGCUGCCCGCAAAGUGAACCCUGAACUUUACGUGGUUGCAGAACUAUUCACAAAUUCUGAUAAUACAGACAACAUUUUUGUCAAUCGGCUUGGAAUCACAUCGUUAAUUCGCGAAGCACAGUCCGCUUGGGAUGCUCAUGAAGAAGGCCGAUUAGUAUAUCGUUACGGGGGCGUACCCGUUGGAGCGUUUUUCAUCUCUCCAAAGCGGCCUAUAGCUGCUGGAAUAGCUCAUGCUUUGUUCUUGGAUCUUACGCAUGAUAAUCCUUGUCCCAUAGAGAAACGCUCUGUCUUUGAUCUGCUCCCAUCAGCGGCUUUAGUCUCGAUGGCAUGCUGUGCAACCGGCAGUAAUAGAGGAUAUGAUGAACUAGUACCCCAUCAUAUCCAUGUAGUUGAUGAAGAAAGGCAAUAUCAAGAGUGGGGAAAAGGUGUUGACUUCGAAAGCGGCAUUAUUGCCGCGAAACGUGCUUUGAACUUACUACAUGGAGAACUCGCUGAACAAGGCUUCAAUCAGGUUUAUGUCGACCAAAUGGAUCCGAAUAUUGUUGCCGUUACACGUCAUUCUCCCAUAACCCAUCAAAGUGUCAUCCUCGUAGCGCACACCGUUUUCUCCUAUCCUGACCCAUCAGCAGGACCAACACAUGUCCGGCCUCUUCGCUUUGAGGGCAACAUCGAUGAAAUCAUCCUAGAAGCAGAGUUGACUCAUAAUAUGGGAAGACCAUUCGACAAACCGUCACGUUACCAGAAAAGUGAAAAAUGCAUAAACGGUUUAACGGAAUUCAAAUGCACGCUGAGGGAACACAUUCCCUUAUGCCAAUCAAAGAUAUUUAAACAUGUUCCAUACAUUGAUGGAAAUAUAACUCAACUGGAUUUCGAAAACCUUCGCCCAGGAUCCAUUGUCGCUAUACGAGUAUCUUUACAUCCUUACACGCGCCCGUAUUUCGCCAAGUUGCAAGAAAACAUUUCAGUUUUACACACCGGGAAAGGAAAAAAUCUUGAAGAGCUGAGACAGGUUGUUUCCAAAUUGGAUCUGGUAGAUAUAAACACAGUUCUUUUCAAAUGUGAGGCUGAAGAAAGAGACCUUGGACUGGGGAGCGGAACCUACGAUAUUCCUGGAUUUGGACCAUUAGUAUAUUGUGGGUUGCAGGGCUUCGUUUCAUUACUAACAGAAAUUUCACCAGCAAAUGAUCUUGGACAUCCGUUUUGUAAUAAUUUGAGGAUGGGCAACUGGAUGAUAGAUUACAUAAGCAAUCGACUUUCAUUGAAUCCUAAAACCCUUUUGCUCGCAAAGUGGCUGGAAUCUAAUUUGGAUCCUUUAAAACAGAUCCCCCGAUACCUAAUACCAUCCUACUUCGAUGUUAUAGUAACCGGAGUAUAUGAUGAGGUUGUGAACCACUGCUUCAACCUUAUGUCAGAGUUUAUCAAAAACGGAACAACUUUCCCUCAAUUAUUAGCACUGGCAUCGACGCAGUUUUUAGCCAUCGUUCCUUCUGCAGAUUUACCGAAACUCAGUCCGAACAUUCAGCCUCCUAAGCCUCCAGCACGUUGUGUAACUCUGUCGGCUGGCUUGCCGCAUUUUUCAACCGGAUACAUGCGUUGUUGGGGACGCGAUACCUUCAUAGCCAUUAGAGGACUUCUCUUUUUGACGGGACGCUAUAACGAAGCCCGAUAUAUUAUUUUAGGAUUUGCAGCAUGCCUUCGUCAUGGAUUAAUACCGAAUCUCUUAGAUAAUGGAACGAAACCUAGGUUCAAUUGUCGUGACGCUGUUUGGUGGUGGCUGUACAGUAUUGAGCUUUAUGUGAAAGAAGCACCCAAUGGAAAAGACAUACUGAAGGAGAAGGUAUCCCGACUCUUCCCAACUGACGAUUCCGAAGCAAAGCCACCGGGUGAAUGCGACCAAUUUCUAUAUGAUGUUAUGCAAGAAGCUCUGCACAUCCACUUCCAAGGACUGAUAUAUAGAGAGCGAAAUGCCGGCCAUGAAAUUGAUGCCCACAUGACCGAUCCUGGUUUCAAUGUUCAGAUUGGAAUUCAUCCGGAAACAGGUUUCGUUUUUGGUGGCAAUGCUGCUAAUUGCGGAACGUGGAUGGAUAAAAUGGGUUCAUCAGAGAAAGCCGGAAAUCGUGGCAAGCCUAGUACCCCGAGAGAUGGCUCUGCUGUUGAACUAGUUGGCUUGCAAAUGUCUGUUUUACGAUUCAUGCAAAAGCUCAGUGUGGAUGGAGACAUUCCAUUCAAGUCAGUUGAGAGAGUCGGCAAAAAUGGUCAGAAAACUAUCUGGACUUUCAAGGAAUGGGCAGAUAAAAUCAAAUUGAAUUUUGAAAAUCAAUUCUACGUGGGUCAUGAAGGAGGACCACUAGUCAACAAGAAGGGUAUCUAUAAGGAUUCGGUUGGAUCAGCCUUACCAUGGACUGAUUUCCAACUAAGAUGCAAUUUCCCAAUCGCCAUGGUUGCAGCUCCCGAAUUGUUUGAACCACGCCAUGCAUGGGAGGCUUUACAGCAAGCUAAGAAGUAUCUACUAGGUCCUCUUGGCAUGAAAACCUUGGAUCCAGAGGAUUGGGCAUACCGUGGAAACUACGAUAACAGUAACGAUGGAACUGAUCCUACUGUGGCUCAUGGUGCCAACUAUCAUCAGGGACCUGAAUGGGUUUGGCCAAUUGGGUACUUCCUGCGAGCACGAUUAAUAUUUGCAAAGCAUAAUGGCAAACUAAAAGAGACUAUUGCGGAAACAUGGCAAAUACUAACUGCACAUUUGAAAGAGCUACAAACAUCACACUGGCGGGGUCUUCCUGAGUUAACAAAUGAAAAGGGAUCUUACUGUCGCGAUUCAUGCCGAACACAAGCAUGGAGUAUUGCAACUGUUUUAGAAGUUUUACAUGAUCUACGGCAGCUGGAAAAUUAGGCUUAAAUUGCUGGCGAUUCAUUCAGCCACUGUCUACUGCUUCAAGCUUCUAAUAUAGAAAGAGUUUUGAGAUAUUGUUUUAUUGUUGUUAUGUAAAUCUAGUUAAUUCAACUAUAAUUAUUAAAUUAAAAAUUUUAACUUAUAUUUAUGCAUUUGUUGACAUUUUGUAUACAAUCCCAGCAAAUAAAUAGUUACUACAAAG